UUUCAGAAUGUCCAACAACUUGGAUGUGAGAAUUGCACCAAAUGGGCAUCCGUAUGUAUGUCUCUCACAGGUACCACCACUGCAAACUCUACCACAUCUUCCCCAAAUUUCCCAUCCACUAACAACACCACAAGUUGCAAUUUCUCCGUUGUCCCAACUGGCUCAAUUACCUCAACACAUAAACAUGCCAAAUGCACCAUUUGAUCAAGUUUUAAACUCCUCCGUAUUUUCCCUUCCACCGCCACCGGUUGGCGUGAGCGUUCCAAACCCCUUCUUAGAAGCUCUCACUGCACAUUUUAUGUCACUUCAACCUACUUUCAACGCCAUUUUCCCAUUUGGAGCAAACUCGUUAUCAGUAAUUGGAGCACACAAAACACCAGUUCCACUGAUGUCUCUACGAAUUUCAACGCCGCCCGCACAACGAGCACACCCUUAUCAAAUGACAAAAGAUAGAUCAGAUCAGGAUCUGAAAAGACCAAGACAGAGAAAUAACAGCGUUCGAUCAAUAUCUCAAACAGAAAGUUACAAUCUUCAAGUUGUUGAAAACAGAACAACUCCAUUUCAUCAUACAACGGAUCAACCAGGAAAACGUUUCGAAAGCCCUGGACAAAGAGAGUCUUACCGCGCAAAGCGAUAAUACAUUGAAUCAUUUUUGACAUCACGAUCUGGAUAGUGUAUCUCAAGACUUUGUAUUUUUGCUUUUUCACGAACCUUUUUUGAACAUGUUAGUAUUUUAGCAUCUCAGCAAUACAAUUUUAUUCACAAUUUAUCAUUUCUCAAAAGAAGUGAACAUAUAAAAUUAAGGAAGUAUGUAUGAUAAUCAUUUGUUAUAAAAUACAUU